UCCACCAUACUGCAUUGAUCAAUAAGAUUAUUUUCCAAUCAAUUUAACCCUCGGAAAGUUUUUUUUUGCCAUGGCUCUGCUAGCGAAUAUGCGAAGACAUAGUCUGCGCAUGCAACAGCAACUUCACCGAUGGAGUAUCUGCGUACCGGACGGAAGUCACCUGCUGACUGAUGGCCUGCGACGCUGCGAAGAGGCUAUGACACGUGUAGGAACAGACGAAGACGACCAGUACAGGGACCGCUGGAGUUCAACGUCCACUGAUUCUGGCAUUUCGACAGAGUCAAGCACUCCAACAUUCACCGUGGUGAUGCUCGGCGACCCGGGCGUGGGGAAAACGGCUCUCACGGGUAUUUUUGCCGGUGCCACGGACAGUCUUGCUAUUGAAAGUGAGAUGUGUGUAGAGGAGGUGUGUGAGAGAACAGUCCUAGUUGAUGGAGAAAGCGCUACAGUGACGCUGGUGGAUUCAUGCAAUUCUCUGGAAGAAGCCGUCUCUGAAGUCUGCUCUGUGGAUGCGUUUCUGCUGGUGUACUCCAUCACAGACCGCGCCUCCUUUGAGCGUGCUGCUGAGUUGCGCAUCCAGAUCCGACAGAGCGAUACCUUCGCCAACACUCCCAUCAUUCUAGUGGGCAACAAGUGUGACCUGGUCCGGCGCAGGGAGGUGCCCAUCAGUGAGGCGCGUGUGUGUGCUGUAGUGUUUGACUGUAAACUAGUGGAGACGUCUGCCCUCAUGCAGCACAAUGUCUGGCUUCUGUUUGACGGCGUCAUCAGACAACUGCGUCUCCGUGGCAAUAGCAGCGAUGGUCCCUCCCACCGGAAGGGGAGUGUUCCGGAGCGAGCAAAACGCUUCAUACACACACUCGCCGCCAAGAGAAACACACACGCCGCAUAUACACUCAAGUCCAAAUCCUGCCAUGACCUGUCAGUCCUCUAG